AUGACGGUGCCGCUGCUGAAGAUCGGGGUCGUGCUCAGCACCAUGGCGAUGAUCACCAACUGGAUGUCGCAGACCCUCCCCUCUCUGGUGGGGCUCAACACCACCAGGCUCACGGCGGCACAGGGAGGCUACCCAGACCGGAGCACAGGAGUGUUGCCAGCAAACCCAGAGGAGUCGUGGCAGGUGUACAGUUCCGCCCAGGACAGUGAGGGGAGGUGUGUCUGCACUGUGGUGGCACCCCAGCAGUCCAUGUGUUCACGGGAUGCCCGCACCAAACAACUGAGGCAGCUGCUGGAGAAGGUCCAGAACAUGACCCAGUCCAUCCAGGUGCUGGACCAGCGCACGCAGAGGGACCUGCAGUAUGUAGAGAAGAUGGAGAUUCAGCUCCGUGGUCUGGAGACCAAGUUCAGGCAGGUGGAGGAGAAUCACAAGCAAAACAUUGCCAAGCAAUACAAGGCCAUAAAAGCGAAAAUGGAGGAGCUUAGACCGUUGAUACCAGUGUUGGAGGAGUACAAAGCCGAUGCCAAAUUGGUAUUGCAGUUUAAGGAGGAGGUCCAGAAUCUGACGUCAGUUCUAAGCGAACUACAGGAGGAGAUGGGGGCCUAUGACUACGAGGAGCUUCACAACAGAGUGUCAAAUCUUGAGGAGAGACUCCGAGCAUGCAUGCAAAAAUUAGCAUGCGGCAAAUUGACGGGGAUCAGUGAUCCCAUCACAAUCAAGACCUCCGGAUCCAGGUUUGGCUCCUGGAUGACCGAUCCUCUGGCACCUGAAGGGGACACUCGGCUCUGGAACGCUCGCCAGCAGGGCCCGCAGAAAGCAGCUGAGAAAAGGCUUUUAUCGGGAAUGAUGGGCAUCAUCCCCAUGGGGCCUGGUGUUUGCCAUGCCGUCUGGUACAUGGAUGGUUAUCAUAACAACCGCUUCGUGCGGGAGUACAAGUCUAUGCAUGACUUCAUGACUUCUGAUAACUUCACGUCCCACCGGCUCCCCCACCCUUGGUCAGGAACUGGUCAGGUGGUCUACAACGGCUCCAUUUACUUCAAUAAAUUCCAGAGCCACGUCAUCAUCAAGUUCGACUUCCGUACCUCCUCCAUCAGCAAGUCCCGGCAGCUGGACUACGCCGGCUUUAACAAUGCGUAUCACUACGCCUGGGGAGGCCACUCUGACAUCGAUCUGAUGGUGGAUGAGGGAGGCCUGUGGGCCGUCUAUGCCACCAACCAGAAUGCCGGCAACAUUGUCAUCAGCAAGCUGAAUCCCAACACGCUACAGAUCGUCAAGAGCUGGACCACCAACCACCCCAAGAGGAGCGCUGGCGAAUCUUUUAUGAUCUGUGGAACGCUCUAUGUCACCAAUGGAUACUCAGGAGGCACCAAGGUCUACUACGCCUACUCAACUAACUCCUCUACUUACGAGUAUAUUGACAUAGCCUUCCAAAACAAGUACUCGCAUAUCUCCAUGCUGGACUACAACCCACGCGAUCGGGCCCUCUACGCUUGGAACAAUGGACACCAGGUUCUUUAUAAUGUGACACUGUUCCACGUCAUCCGCUCAGAGGAACUGUAAUGGGAAUGGAUUUCAAACAUAAAUAUAUAUUGUCUGUGUAGAAUUAUCACUAUAUUAAGAAAAAAACAUAUAUCUGCGAAAGAAAAGACUAUGGCAAGUCCAUUCUAUUUAUAAACUCAUCAUUUCUGACAGAUUGCAUCAUUAGUGAAUGCAAAGUGGAUUGAAUGCCUCUGGAAAAAAAAAUCUAACACUGAAGGGUUUCAUUCCAAAAUGUGUUGUACAAAAGGCUGUUUAUGUUAAUAUCACAAAACAGAGAAGAUUAUAAGAAAAAGACAGUUGUUUUGUAAAUAAAGUUCCUAAUAUGACUUCUGACUUCAGUAGUUAGUAGGCCUGUUUUUUAAAGCUGCUCUCAUUUUCUUAGAGGAAUUUUUUUGCUUUUGGAAUGAAACUCUUUAAUUGUUUGCCGUCUAGAAAAUGAUUGUAAAAAUGAAAUAUAUAUCAGACAUAAAAGAUUGAGAAGAGAUGCCAAAAAAACAAAGAAAAAAAACUUCACAGCUUUUUUAUAUAGUGGAAUAUUCAUCAAAGCGCAUUCCUGUGGCUCCAGUUCUUCUGCCAAAAUCCUCCCUGAUGAACAUUUUUAUGCCGUCGAUGGGGGUCCUGAAGCAAGGACUGUUAUUAAUAAACUGUUGGACCCGCUGGACAAAAGAAGGGGGGAACAAUCCAGACAGAAGACUUGAUAGCCUAACGGAGUCUCCGGUCUGACACAUCGUUUUUAUCAAGUACAGUAGCAAAUCUGAAAUCUGUUCAGAAACAAUAAAAUCAUCCACUAAAAGACCUGAAGGCACUGACUGUUGACAGCGCUGUUUUUUGAUCAGACUUAUUCCUGUGUUGGUGACUAUGUGUGAAGGCUUUCUUUGCAUGAAUGUUUUCUAUCACGCCGCUCUUCUGAAUGUCUUUUGCUGUAUUAUACUAUAAAGAAGAAGAAAAAAAAAGGGAGCAAGAUUGAGAGGUAGGGAUGAAGAGGAAAAAUACCUGUUAGAGGUUGCAAUUGACUUAUUUCAUGUGUUUUUUUCUAUUUGUUGUAGUUUUGUUUAUUUCUAUUACUUUGCUAUGUUUUUUUCUAAACAUUCUUGUGUCACUGUAUCUGUUGGCACCGCUUUUGCCUCUGUGUACUUAUUCAUUUGGACUGUGUAGGAGGAAUCUCUCUACCUUUCACCUAUAUGAAAAAAACAAACAGAAUGUAACCGAAAUAUUGUAUCUUGGAUAAGGGAAUGUGGUCCUCUUGUCUUCGGUUCACAUCAUAAGCCUGAAUUCGGGAAAGGUCCUUUGUUUUUUUUAAUAAUCCUGUCUUUCGUCAUGUAUUUCCCUAAUGCUAGUGAAGGAAAAUGUUGUUAAAUGUAUACCCUUGCUGAGGACAAAAGCUUUUCACUCCUUUUGCGCUUUGCUGGACAUGUGUUGUAUCUGAAAUGAGGUAGUUAAUGGUUCGUGUCAAUAAAACAGAGAAAACUGAUGCUUGGCUUGUUGCCCUGAAAAGCAACAAGCUGCCAAAUGGCUGAAUCUUUAUUUAUCCACAAUUAAGUUUUAAGGAAGCGUAGAGCAAUUUGGAAUGAU